AUGGCUACAGGAAGAAGUUCAAUUAAAGUUCCAUGUGAAAAUGAAGACUUACCUGACAAAGAAAAUGCACCAGAUUUUGAUGAGGACACUUUACGAGGUGAGCUAGGUUCAACUUCGGCUUCAGUUAUUGUUAGAGCAAUUUCUAUUCGAUCAGUUUCAAGAAUGCAAGCAGAUGUGGAAAAGGAUACAUACACUGUAUGACCACUUUAAAGGAUAUUUGGCCAGUCAUGACUCUCUUCUAUGAUUACAAUAUGCUGUUCAUUGAGAAGAUCUAUGACACAGAAACUUUUGCUAUUUUCUUUUCUAACAGUUCAAAGCAAUAACACAAAGUUAUAAUAAGUUAAGACUUUAUUUGAUCAUCAUAUAACAUCCAUUGUAAGUUUGCAUCAUAGGUACCAUCAUCGUCAUCACCAUCAUCUUUCUAUUUUAAUGAAACAUAAUCACUUUGAAACCUUCAACAUUCCCUCCUUUCUCCUCGAGCAACCCACAGGCAUUUGAUCUUCAUCCAAGCCAAAGAGGGUGGGGAGGGGGGGGAGGGGGUUUAACCCUGCCUGACUGGCGUUAGGGAAUUUGAAUAAAAACUGUCACAUCUAAUUUCCAGUAGAGUAUAAGUGUUAAUUAUCAUUGAAUAUGGAGGUGUUUAAGGCAGAUAGUGCACUUUCACUAACAAAUGUCUCAGAAGAAAUAAGGCUUCAAGGUCUAGGUUUUAAAGCUUGGUCAAUUAGUUUUUAAAGCUUGAUCAACUAGUGGAAAGUACUAGUGGAAAGUGAAAUUGCUAAUUAUUUCGCCUUUUACAUAAGAUUGUGUGGGGCAUUUUAACAUUUUAUUAAUUUUGCUCAGGGAAUAGGAAUUUUAGGAAACCUAUCUCCAAAAUCUCUCAUCUCCAGGGGUUUGCCUCAAGUUGAGUGAUGCUUAAUUCUCAUCAUUAUUCUUACCCAUGUUGUCACCUGCAUCAUUAGCAUCAUCAUAACUAUUGAAAAUCUGCAGAUUUGAAAUCUCCAGAUCUUGGCAGCUCUGACUAUACACGAAUAAUUAUUAACUACGACCACAGACUUUCACACCCAUUUUUAAAUUUUUUUUGGAAUUAUUUUAUUUUUUCUUUGCAGCCACAGCUGAUGUUUAUAGGAAUGAGGGUAAUGAGGCCUUCAAUAAAGGAGAUUUCAUCAAUGCUAUUCAUUUUUACACCAAAGGAAUUAAAAUCAACUGCAAUGACAAAGAACUGAAGGCCAAACUGCACAACAACAGGGCAAUUGCACAUUCUAAACUU